GAAGUGCGCGCAUUUAUUCGGUAGCAGGAGCGAGCGGAGCGCAUAAAUUGGGGGAGAAAGGCGGUGCGAGCAUGCUGUUAGUAGUUGUCAGCCUCGCAAUUGGAUUUCUUGAAUAUAGUUACAGUUUCGGAGCAAAUGAGAACUGGGAGGAACGCGUUUUACUCCGAGAAUAGCUUCCUCGCAUCGGCCGUUUAAAAGACCGGGGGCGAUUAGAUUUGAGUUAGUCUGCUCGUUUUCGGUGCUUCUUUCAUUUUCGCAUGGAACGCACCGCGGCGUCUCAGUUUAGUUUACCCAGCGGUAAUCGUAAGAGCAGUUUAGCCCGUGGACGUUACAGUCGCGCCGCGUAACCGAACGCGACUGGGGGACAUCGCGGUACUGUUUAUAAUCUCCGCAAAUAAAUUGAGCAGAAUAACAGACGCGCAUCUAUUUCUCUUCAUGGCUUUCCGUCUCUGAACAGCGGAAAACCAGACAGACGCGCCUGUGUAAUUAAAGCGAGCGGCAGCAAGGCGGACCGGUUAUUAUAUUGUUUCUUCUCAGAGAAGCCAGCGGCGAGCGCAGAAGUGUGCUGGAGCCGAGAGCGGAUCGCCUGGAGCCGGACUCCUCUCUCCUCAGGACGAUGGUGUUAGACAAGGAAGAGGGUGUUCCGAUGCUCUCCGUCCAGCCCAAAGGAAAACAGAAGGGAUGCGCCGGCUGCAACCGUAAGAUUAAAGACCGCUACCUGCUCAAGGCCCUGGACAAAUACUGGCACGAAGACUGCCUGAAAUGUGCCUGCUGCGACUGCCGCCUGGGGGAGGUGGGCUCCACCUUGUACACCAAAGCCAAUCUCAUCCUCUGUCGCAGAGACUACCUGAGGCUCUUUGGUACAACGGGGAACUGCGCAGCCUGCAGUAAACUGAUCCCUGCCUUUGAAAUGGUGAUGAGGGCCAGAGAUAAUGUUUACCAUUUGGACUGUUUUGCCUGUCAGCUUUGUAACCAGAGGUUUUGUGUGGGUGAUAAGUUUUUCCUAAAGAACAACAUGAUUCUGUGUCAGAUGGACUAUGAGGAGGGUCAGCUCAACGGGAGCUUUGAGACGCAAGUUCAAUAGCCAAUCAAACGACGUCAGCGGCAGGUCUCGGUCCACACACACAUACAUGCGCUCGUGUGUGAUGGAUGUUCUGCUGCACUCAGAAGAAGAGCAUCUGUCUGCUUGCCUGCAAUACUUUUUACAGUAAAAGCCCCAUUGGUCCCUGAGGACUCCAUUGUAAAUGUACUACUUUUUGGCCCUUCCUGUCCCCAACACUGAGCAGUUACACGUUUUGAUGUACAGUUGUGUCUGCUUAGCUCAGCACUGUAUUGCCUGUAUGGUUUUUAGUGAUGUUUUUCUGUUUUCGUUUCACACUUUGUCUCUUCUAUCCGCUCUCUCUUUCUCUCUCGUUCUUUGUAAUGCUUCUCUGUACAGUCUGUUUUUCUGUAUAUAUAAACUGGAACAUUUAUUUUAUGAAACUGUAAUGCAAUUUUAUUACCAGUGUGAAUUAAAAAGAUUCUUAAAUGUUCAUAUUUGAGUUUGUUUAUUGAUCCCAAAACCAAAGUUUUAAGAGGCUGGCCCAAGUAUGAACAAUGUAAACUCUGUGAAAAUGUCUGAAGCUCCAAACACAUUUAUCAAACAACAACAAAGAAAUAAAAAAUGCUAGCGAUUUUAUAUACAGAAUGGGAUAAUGAAACAGCAUAUUUUAAUUGCUGAUGGAAUACGACAAGUUGUUUUCAGAUGACUUAAGUACAAUCUUAUUUCGAAUAAAGCAAAACUGAAAAACUC